UUCUUAUGCUCAUCUUGCACAGCAACAAUAUAACAGUUCCUUCCCUAACAACUCGUUGGCAUCUCAGCUACAACCUGUCCGUAAUUUUGACCUUCCUUUCUCACCCCUGCUGACAACCCAGUCGGUGCCUACAAAAUACAGUACAUCAAUGUCAUCAAUCAGUGGUCCUACGAGUUCGAUGCCGGAGGCUGCGAAGCCGGGUUUUCUCUCACCACCUCAUCCAACUCAACAGUCACUACCGAGCACGAGCAUUCCUACCGGCCAUGCUCUCCCUCAACACUUGCCAGUCCAUGCAUAUUCUCAACCUACCCUUCCUCUUGGACACUUUGCAAACAUGAUUAGCUACCCAUUUCUGCCUCAGAGCUAUGCAUAUAUGCCGUCUGCUGCCUUCCAGCAAACAUACACAGCUAAUACCCCUUUCCACCAAUCUCCGACUGCCAUCAGCAACACCGGCGUUAAAUACACAUUGCCACAGUACAAAAGCAGUGUAUCUGUAACCAGCUUACCUCAGUCCGCUGCUGUUGCCUCCGGUUAUGGUGGUUUUGGAAGCUCAGCAAACAUUCCCGGAAGUCUGAUGCUGAAUCCUUCUUCAGCAUCUGCCAACACAACAAUCGGCUUUGACGAGGCUUUGAGCUCUCAAUACAAAGAGGGGAACCUUCACGCCCCUCAGCAGACUGAGAACCCUGCUAUGUGGGCGCACGGGGCUGGUUCAAGAACAAUGUCAGCUAUGCCAGCAAACACAUUCUACAGUUUUCUCGGGCAGAAUCAACUCGGUGGGUAUCGACAAGGCCAGCAGCCCCAACACUACGGAAACAUGAGCUACCCUCCGAACUACUACCAUUCGCAGGCCGGCGUCUCUCAGGAACAUCAUCAGCAAAACCCUGCUGAAGCCAACAUGAAUAACCAGCAAGGUGCGCCGUCUCAGCAGCAAUCACACCAGAUCUGGCAGCACAGCUACUGAUCGAACCUGCCUGCACAUCUCCUGUUUGUCGACGAGGAGUGCCUUGAGUUUAGUCAUGGGUUAGCAGAGUUCCUGAUCUACCAUGCAUACUACUUUCUGCUCCACUCAGGAGAAUUAUGUACUUUAGAGAUUUGAGUGUGUUUUUAACUGGUGCAUCUUUGUGACUGAUUUCCAAGUCUUCCCCAUUUAUUGUGAGGAGAAGUCUUUUUCUUUGGACUCUUUUCUUCUUUUAUGUAAUACUAGACCUAAAUUAUCUAACAACGUCUUAUCUAA